GAGGGCACCAGCGAGCACCACUAGUCGGCGCUGUGACUCCUCAAUGGUCACCAAGCGCUGGAGGAUCCGCAGGCGAAGAAGAAAACAACGUGAGCACCAUGCCGAAAUCCAAGAGAGACAAGAAAGUUUCUUUAACCAAAACAACCAAGAAAGGGUUGGAAUCCAAACAAAACUUGAUUGAAGAGCUGCGGAAAUGUGCAGACAUCUACAAAUACGUGUUUGUGUUCUCAGUAGAGAACAUGAGAAACAACAAACUGAAAGACAUCAGGACGGCCUGGAAACACAGCCGGUUCUUCUUCGGUAAGAACAAAGUCAUGAUGAUUGCGCUGGGUAAAGGACCGACUGACGAAUACAAAGAUAAUCUGCAUAAACUGAGCAGGUUUCUCAGAGGUGAAGUCGGUGUCUUGUUCACAAACAAAACCAAAGACGAGGUGCAAGAAUAUUUCAGUGAGUUUAAAGAGAUGGAUUACGCUCGAGCGGGAAGCGUAGCGACCAUGGCAGUGACGCUGGACGAGGGUCCGCUAGAACAGUUUCCACACUCGAUGGAGCCUCAGCUCAGACAGCUCGGCCUUCCCACAGCUCUGAAGAAAGGUGUGGUGACGCUGAUAAAGGAUUUUGUAGUGUGUAAAGAGGGAGACACACUCACACCCGAACAGGCUCGAAUUCUGAAACUCUUUGGAAACGAGAUGGCGGAGUUCAAACUGUCGAUUAAGUGCAUGUGGGAUUCAGAAUCCGGGGACUUUGAGAAGCUAACGGAUGGGGACGUCGAGGACGCCAGGAAAGAGGACGCAGAUGAAGACUCAGAGGAAGGAGAAGGGAGCGAAUAAAUCCUGGACUUUUUUGCCAUGAACAUUUGUUUGUUUUGAUCCAACAUAAAACUGUAAAAUGUU